AUGGCCUCGUCUACUUGGGUUAGCCCAGAAGAAUAUGAGAGGCGUGAGAAGUACCUCCGUGCAGGCCUACGAGAAGUCAAUUUGAUGGAUCCUUACACUUGGUCCCGACCUGCCCAGGGAGCUAGUUUGAUGUUUGGUCUAAUGGUGGUUUGUGGACGUCUUUACGAUAUGUGGAAUAAGAAGCCGUUCUAUUUUGGUACGUUAUCGCAUCAUCUUUCCUGA